AUGGCGGCAGAGGCUCAGAGACCACAUCACUCUUCAGUCCCGCAGUUCCUUGGACAUCCUGAGCGACAAAACUCUGUCGGAUACCAGUUCUCGCCGAUAGUGGGACAAGAACGGUCGAGUAUAUCGUUUCACCCACCAUUCACCACUCUACCACCACCAUCAUCGCGUCCAGGAGCUUCGACAAAUCCGCAGAACUAUGUGCAACGAUCAGUUCCAAUAUCAAAGUUAUUGUCCGAUGCCCCUCAGGAUCCACUACCGCGUCCCAGACAGAUAUCAGCACCUGGUCCCUUCUCUUCUGGGCUACCUUCGCCACCUCCGCCUGUAGUGUAUCAGCGGACUGUAGCCAACCCACCACAACAUCUGCCGCUGCCAAAUGUGCGAACCUCGCCCGUCUUCCGUGUGCCACAGUACCCGCCGCAGGUUACGAGCCCGCACCAUGUCUCACAGUUUCCACAACAAAAUUCACCCAUUGCUUCAAACAGUCCAUCGUCAGGCUCUCUUGAUUCAGGAACCUCUCCUCGAGAGCGUCAGCCUGCCAUUACCGAGAAGUUCAGUCGUCUGCCAUCCUUUGCUGCACCGUCUCCGAAUUUGAGGUAUGAGCUCAAUAUGCGGCAACAGCCUGUCGCUGCCAGAGCAUGCGGCUUUGGAGAACGUGACCGACGCGUUGUUGAUCCUCCACCUAUCCUUGAGCUUAAAGUUAUCGAUGCCGAAACAGGAAAAGUGGACAGCGAAAACACGCCCUACGUAUAUACGACACUGCAUUGUACUCUGAUCAACUCCAUGACAUACAAGGACGAAUCACAGAUUGAACCUGCUCAUCCAAAUGCGCCAGCCACACAACGCCUGAUGGGAACAGCAGUGGCGUCGCCGUUCUCUGGUACAGAUGAAACAGGAAAGAGAGGGACAUUUUUUGUCUUCCCUGAUCUCUCUUGCCGCAAUCCAGGGAGGUAUCGGUUCCAGUUUCGUUUAUUGAUAGUCGAUCCACUGAAUCUUUCUGUCGGAACAACCUCGCGAAUACAGAGCUCGAUCAUCUCUGAACCGUUCGAGGUGUAUACUGCAAAAGAGUUUCCAGGAAUGCGAGCCAGCAGUGCUUUGCUUAAAGCUCUGAGAAAACAGGGUCUGAAUGUAGCUGUCAAAAAGGGCCGUGAGGCUACGAAGAAGGCGACCAGGAGACCUGGCCAUGUUGACGAGGACGACAGCAGCGGUGAGGAUGGAGAAAACGUUGCCGACGAGGACGAUCAGGACAGCGACGAUGCACGCCCUCAAGCUGCCGCUGGUGGCAAAGAUCGAAGAAAAAGAAAACGAAGAGAGUGA